AAACAUGGACAGACGAAAGUGAACAUUCAGCAAGCUAGGCUAUAGCCUAGUGGGUUAAGUGGGUUCUUGGUCUUGCCCAAGGGCCUCCCACAGGCUGUCAGGGGCAACGAGCGGCCUUACCGUUCCUGCUGAUGGAAGAUUGGUGUAGAUCUACUGAAAAGGCCUGGUGUAGAAAUCUAGGGCCUAACCAAGGACCCUCCUUUGGGCCUAACCUAAACAUCGAUGUCUGUCCCACCAAUAAUCCGACAAUGAACGUGACUUUUUAUGGAGAAGAAGAUCCAAAGGUUACUCACUUACGCAUGAUGAAAGUCAGAUUUAGGGACAGUAUUUAGGACUGGGCGAUUUGCUGUUGAUCUACCAAACUCCACAGAAAGAAAGAAACUAUGAAAAAAAAAAUGCGAUUUAUUCUAAGAUCCUUGGUUGCCGCACAGCGUUAAUCUUUAAUGUCUGAAGUUCAGAUAGUAUCUUUUAUAUUGUUUGUGUUCCUGGAGGGGUGGCCGAGGAUGAACCCGGGACGUUCAGUUUCUUCAUCAUAAGGCGAGAUACUCCAUGUCUUUGAACCAUGUGCAGAACAUGACAACGAUGUCGUUAAAAAUACGUUUUUGAUCAAGUCGAUUGAUGGGAUUUGAAGCUUUUUAUCUGAGGUUACAGAGCUAUCUUGUCCUAUGGGUGACGAAAGCUUCCGCAUAGAUCUGGGUACGACAUCACCAGUAGAUCUCCUGCCACUUGUUGUGGUCAGUUCAUCGACACCACAAAAGUUUGAGAAGUCCACCAAAAAAUAUGAUAGUAAUUGUCGAUCAAGCUCAAACUCAAACGCCAAUGUUGUUUCGUCCAACUUUGAUUUGGAUAUUAUCUCCAUUUCAUCCGGCUCUGAUCACCAUGAUGUUAUAGAUCUAGAUGAUCUAGAUCUAGAUCUAGACUCAGAUAUGAAUGUUGUUGUUAUAGAUUCAGAAGGUAGUUUAUCAGAUGGUGAUUCAUGCAUAAUUACAGAUGGAAUUCAUGAAACGUUGCCUUCCAUUUCAGAUGGGUAUCCUGAAAGUGUUCCGAGAAAGAAAUUGAAAUUGUCGUUGCAACGAGUUAAAUCGGAUUCAGUAUCAAGGCCUCAGAAAAAGCGCCAUAAAACUGCACUAGAUAACAAAAUUGAUCCACCUGAUGACCUUCCUGAUCUUCAAGUUAUUGCUUCAACAAAAGCGAACAUCAGUAAUGUAGAUCUUAAAGUACUUGAACUUGAGCAAAAGCCAAAGGAAAACGAACGAGGACAUGGUGGAUCAUUCAAAAAUGUAUCGAUGGUCAAGAAAGAACUUUGUUCAUCAAAGGGCCAUGUUAAUCAUAUUAUUGCACUUCCUAAAAGCCGACAUUUGAUUAGAACAGAUCGAGAAAGUGCUUGGGAGGUAUUAGAUUCUUUGCAAAAUCCGUCAGGGAAGACAAAAGUGCCAUGUACAGAGGAUGAGGUUUGCAAAAAAAAGACUCGAGACAGAAUCAAUGCUGAGCCAUUAGAAACUUUAUCUUUUCCCUUUCAUGGACUUAAAAGUUUGUGCAAUUCUUUCAACAGUGGAAAUGAUGGUGGCUAUGAGAAAAGUGAAAACAACCAUGAUGUGUCAGAAAAGAAAAUCAGGAAAGAGGAUAAAUGUGAAGAAACACAAGCUUUUUUGUCUUCCAUGAACGCUGGUGAUUCAGUGUAUGAUGUACCAGUUGAAAAGCCUGUCUGUAUACCUUGGGAUCCGGACAGAAGUCAACAUACUUCUUCUUUAUCUUCAGUACUUGAGAGAAGCAACAGCAUGUUUUAUCAUCAGGAUGGCUGUAAUAGGUCUGCAUCAUCAAAAGAAAAUGUGCAGCAAGGAUUGCAUACUUCAGUAGAUACAUUGGAUGAUUUGAAUUCAAAGGCAAAAGUACCUCAUGAGGAGAUUAACUUUCACAAAAAGGCAACUGCUGGAAAAAUGUGUGCAGAACCUUUAGUAGGGUCUGUGCCAUUUCUCCUUUCUGACUUGCCGUUCAAUUCAUUUCUAGACAGAACUGAGAGUGACACUGAACAAAGGGAAAAUUCCCAUAAGAUAGUCCAAAAGGAAAGCUUGAAAGGAUGCUUGAGUGAUGAAAAAGAAACAUGUUCUACCUCUUUGAAAACCGGUGGUUUAAAGUCUGGUUCCCUAGAUGAAGUGUCUGAUUGUGAUGUUUCUCGUCACACACGCACAUCUAGUCCAUCAUCAGGGGUUGAGGAAGGCAACAGCAGUGUUCUUCAUCAUCAAGGUGAUUUUCACAGUGUGGCAAAAGACACACAGGUUCAAAAUUUAGAUUCAUCAGUUUUCCCAAGAAAACUGACAGCUUCUGGGCUUCCAAAACAGAUGGCUUAUUUAAAAAGAAAUAUUAUUCUGAUGCCAUCAAGUCCAGUUGUCCUUUUACCCUGCAGUUCCAUCACUGCAGUACAAAAAGAAUUCAGUUUUUACCACACUGAUAUAGUGGAGGCUGCUUUGGACUUCGAUAACACGCUGGAUGCAUUAAUUUUAUUGCUAGAUUUUUCUGCUUCAUAUAAACCAACCAAAGAAGUGACUGGAAAAGUCGUGAAAGCUCUAAUAGAAAAAAGUGAACAAGGACCAUUUAGACAGUUUGUUACGCUCAGUAUUUUAUCCCUUUGGCAGCAACAUCCUGGUGUCUUUUCAAUCUCUACCGAUGACUUCAAAAGUGCAGUGUUAUCUGGAGAUGGAACAAACUUGUCUGUAAUAAUCACCGAAUUGCAUCUUAGUCUAUUCACAAGGAACCUUUGUGAUUCUGCAGCAGCGCGAUAUUCGUCUGCCUUCUCUUUAUUGUCAGUGAAUAAGGAGGGAAAUAGGGAAGGCCUCAAGCUAAUUUUGCAGACAUUAUGUGGCAUGAUUUUGUCUAAGUCACAAGAACAGCUCUUUUCUUCUGUUGCAACUGUGGAAAGCUGUGAUGGAGAAGACCCUGCUUUGAUAUCCUUUGAAAGUUUGGCUCAGGUCUCUGCGUUGCAACAUGCAGUCUCUCUUGGGAUUGUAUCAUCAAGGAACGAGAAUGAAUGCUUGCUCUUCUUGGCUGGUGAAUUGUCACAACUCUACAAAACUUUGCACUGUUGUGAGUCGAAGGUACUGUUUCUCAGCACACUGGAAAUACCCAAGCUGGUCUUGCUUGUCAUAAGACGAUUGCUCUUGGAACAGAAUGUUGGUGCUGUUCAUUUCAGUAAAUGUGGCCCGUCAGUGGCUGCACUGCUUCCUUGUUUCAGAGAUGUCAUUUCUUUACAUUCAGCGAACAACAUGUGCUCUCAACAUUGCCAGGAAUAUCCAUUUCUGUUCUAUUACCUAUUGCGAAGUACAGCGGAGUGCAUUAAAUACCGCAUGAAUGAAAGCCCUCGUUCACGGUUGCUGAAUCGUGGUUUGGCUCGAGUAAUGCUCAACGAACAGGAAGUUACAGGACUGCGUCAGUGUGUUCUGGAGUUCAGUUGUUCUAUGAUGAAAUGUCCACUCUUUCAAACAUCUUCUAGGAUUUGGUUAGAACUUUUGGACUGUGUUGUUGGUUCAUACUGUAAUUAGAUGGAAUUUGAGUCUUAAAUCAUUUUCCAAGCAUCGAUUGAGAAAGGACUUUUGUGCAUUGUGGUGCCUAGACUGUUAUUUUGGCACUUUAACCACUGCACUGAUCAACCAGAAAAUCCUGGGGGGCACGACUAUCAUUUGUCAGCUAGAAGCACUUGAGGGAGCCAAUAGAUCUUGACCUUGUGGUAAAUUUGUGAAAGCCUGCAAUGGUGUGUUAUUCAGUUUGUUUUUUGUAAACAAACCUGUAGAGGCUUUGAAAAUGCAUUGGAGUUGGUUUCAACCAAACAUGGUUAAUUCAAAAACAGUAAGAAAAUAAAAUCCCUGAGAAACCUCACUAAACCGAAAACUUGGCCAAACUGAAAAAAAAUUGGCGGUCCCACAGAUUUUGGUUGAAGUUUAAGCAGACCACACUGUUCAUGACAACAUGAAGCAAUCCGGACCAAGCAAAAACACUUUACAAGUUCGUUUGGUGAUUUACUAUAACACUGUAUUUUUAAUUCCCCCUCCCCCCUACAAACUCCCACCUUUUUGUGCUGGCAGCCCGUCCAACCUCUCCCAACCCUGGCACAUGCUGAGGCACAAGACAAGCCUUAUAGUCAUUAUAUAUAUCAACAGUGCUUGUGUUGAUGUGGAAAAGUACCUCUGAUUGAUUGCAUAAGAUGGCUGUGUAUCUCUGAUAGGUCAGUCUUAGUAUGUAGUGUCUGAUAUGCAAUUGAUUAAGUGUGAAAUGAUCUAGCGUGCAGGGCAAUCAAAUUUUAUCGAUGACCGCUUGGAACAGAGUAUAUAAUGUUCAUGGCAUUAAAGUGAGUAAUAGUAUAGUGGGAGAAAAUGUGUGAAGUCACAUCAGCGCAGGCUGUUCACCCUGUAAGUGACCUCAUUAACUCUCAAGUUUGGGGAAUACAAUUUUUUUGUUGUUGAUUGUAAUGGAUAAAAAAACGAGAGUCAUUUUUUGCUUCCAUGGAUUUCAGUUUUUAUUGAAUCAGGGUUUGUUAUAAAUGCAUGUUUCACUGUAUUUUAGGGCAUCAUUACCCAUUCUAAGAGUUCAGGGCAAGUAUCAAAAUUGCCUGUCAAGGGUAAGGAAGAAAAACACUGAGUAAUGUGAGACAUACAAAAAAUGUAGUAUUUGUUCCUUGUUGUUCUGUGUUGGUUUUUCAUUGCAAUGUUUUGUUUUACAAGUUUAGCUGCAAACUUGGUAGUCAGUAUACUGUGCGUAUGUGUUCUCUCUCUCUCUAAACACCCCUUCCCCCCCCCCAUUAAAUUCCAGUAAAUAAUAUGCCUAAACAAUAAAGAUAAGAAAUAGCAGGGAAAUGUAUUACACAGCCAGCUCAUUGUCAGGACUAGAAUCAGAACUCCAUGCUUCCAGCCCUUGGCUUUGACUCCCAUGUUUUAAAAUAUAGUGCUCCGACCAGCUAUAGUUAUCUUGUUUGUGAUUUUUCAGGUCACACACUCUCUCUUAAUGUUAUCUGCCGGAAGAGGGUCUAGAACUAGAACCUUGAAAUCUUAUCCCACAGUCAUGCUCAAUGCUGCAUAAUUUCAAGUGACGGAGUAAGAAUAAGACUGUAACAAUUUUUUCUUCACUUGACCCUCCAGUUGGCCAUCUUGAAACUUGUGUCAAAUUUUUCUCAAAGUUUGUAAAUUACAGCAGAAUCUGCUUAACUUAAACUUAAAGUGAAAUCUGUGGGACUGCCAGAAUUUCUUUGGUUUAAAAGACGAGUUUUUGGUUAAGAGAGGUUGCUCUAAUAGUAAUAGAAGAAGUAAAAAAGAUUUUCUUUUCUUUUGGUUUACUGCUGUUUUCAAAUUGACCAUAUUUGGUUUUUAACAAGCAGACUCCACUGUAGUUAAUUUUCAACCUCUUUUUGUAUUCAAAUUGAAUGCACUAAAUGAUUCCAUGAAAAAGCACCACUAUUUUGUACUUUAGUGUGCUAAUUCUAUGUUUUUGCUCAUUUUGAAAUUCAAACAGGACAAAUUAUCAUUCUGGCCUUCUUUAUUCCGAGACAGACAAAAUAUAAAAGGAAAAAUUGCAUAUAUGGUAUUGUUUGUUUAUAUGGUGCUUGUGUGUGUUGAAAAGAAUAUGUACACGAAAUUUGCAGGUAUAUGGUUGCUAAAUAGCAAAGUUAUAAUACAGUGGAGUCAGCUUAAGUUAAAAUCUGUGGAUCUGCCAGAAGAGAUCGAAAGUGUAGAUCAGCACACUAUAUUGCUGUACUGCGCUCAGGGCUAGGCUAGAAAAGUGAGACUGCCCAAUGCUAUUGACAUCAUGAAACACACAAAGUGCCGCCACAUGCUCAUGUAUGGCCUACUCUAUGUGAACUCACUUUGCAGAGACACUAUCAAUAGGCCAUGACCAACCGCGGGUUGUGCAACAGACAUAGGUCUACAUUUGAUAUCCUUGCGUCACGAUGUCUGCACACAGUGAGGAGGCCUAUCGAUGUCUGUGAUAAAUGUUAGCAAACAGUUGAAUACGUGUGUCACUUUCUUUUAUUUUGUUGUCUUGAAGAACGCAAGACUUGAUGAUCUGCAUUACUUGAGGGUUUCUGGUGAAGAUUUAGACUUCAUUUCUCUCAAUUCUUAUUGGUUUAGAAAUAGGAGCACUCCGCUAUUUGACAGUUUUCUUAUUUAUAGUAUAGGACAAAGAUUGACCCAAAAAAUUUCUUUUACUUUUCCACUGUUUUGGGAUUCACUGUGUUCAGUUUAAGCAAACUCCACAGAAUUCUGAAGGAGAAAAUUGUGAAAUUAUGUUUUAGUAAUUUUAAUAGGCGAUAAUUGUAAUAAAAGUUCUGAGGAAAUAUUUUUCCAUAUUAUAUACUUGGUCUUUCUCUAUCGUUCCUGCCAAGCAAAACUAAAUUUCAUUUUAACUCUCAUUGUCAGGACUGUUGAAUUAAUAGUAGGCAAGGGUUAAUUAACAGUGAAAGAGAAGUUGUUUUAAGUAGCAUUGUAAUUGUAUUGAGUCUUGAUACUUUGGGGGGGGGGGGGGGGGGAUAUACCAUUUUUACAUAUGCUCCCCUCCAGAUUCCCCUCAGUAGACUGGUCAAACUUAGGCCUUCUGGAAUCUGCAGUGUGUGUAGGACUCUUUUAGUCUACACUGCUGUGACCUGUGAAGGCAGUUGGCUCAUGAAGUCAGUGGAGUGAUUGUGACCAAUUAAAUUUUGUGUUUUACUGUAUGAACCUUGAUGACUGUUGUCAGUGAUGUAGAUUCAUUAAAGGUAAAAGUUUGCCACUGACCUGCUGGGUCAAUCAUGUUGAUGAGGUCAUUCUUGGCAUCUUUUUUAGUGACCCUGUGUGAACUGUUUGCUGAAAACUUAUUUUUAUUGUACCUCUGGGUGGAUGUCAUGUUGGCCAGAUCACACACAAAACAGGAGGAGGAAGGUUGGGGGGUGCUUUGCAAUUAAAUGUUUUCUCUUGACCAAGAAAACACAGAUUUCCCAAUGUGUGCACCAGUGGCUUUUCUGUUGGUACUACACAAGAAUUGUUUUGUUUGAAAAAAAACCCGGCGAUUUUUGGUGUUUUAAAUUGGUUGUUGACUCUGCUUAUUUUGUAGUUUUACCACUUUCAUGGUCAAGAAAUAAGGUCAUAUCCAUUUGUCAUGGCCAGUCAGUUUGUGUUUGAAUAACCAUGAGCAUGACGAUCCACACAUGAACCUUGUUACCAUACGAAUUGCCCCUGGUGUUAAAAG